AUGUGUGCAUUCAAGGUAUUUCUAUCAGAGAUAGAGCCAAAGAAGGUAACUGAGGCAUUGCUUGAUAUUGAUUGGAUCAUAGCUAUGCAGGAUGAAUUGAACUAUUUUGAGAAAAGCAAAGUAUGGCACUUAGUUCCUCUUCCAAAAGAAAGAUCAAUAAUUGGGACUAAGUGGGUGUACAGAAAUAAAGUUGAUGAGCAUAGAACAGUCACAAGAAACAAGGCAAGACUGGUGGUUCAAGGAUACAAUCAAGAAGAAGGAAUUAACUUUGAUGAGACCUUUUCUCCUGUAGCCAAACUUAAAACUAUAAGACUACUUGUUACCUUUGCUUCUUACAUGGAGUUUAUUUUGUAUCAGAUGGAUGUGAAGAGUGCAUUUCUGAAUGGCAUUCUCAAGGAAAAAGAAAUCUGGUGGACAGGAAAAGAACUACAGGCUGUGUUGGAUAGUGCCAGCGAUGACCUCGUGUAUCCUUCUUUUAUCCACAAUGGAUCUCGUGCUUCUGCUUGA